AAUGGAUGUAUGUUCUAAUUUUACAUUGUCCUUGACAGGGGGUUUUUAAGAGUGUAGAAAUUGUGGAAGAGAAAAAAAAUUUCAUCGUCUAGACUUUGAAAAUAACAACAUUGAAUAUGUCAAAAAAUCUAAUAAUAAUGAUGCAGGUAUAUUGUUAUUCAUAUAUAAUCAAUAGCAAAAUUCUAAUAAGAGAAACUUUAAUAGAUAGCUCAAUAAAAAUAAGAAGAAGAAGAUCAAUUAAGAGCUAAAGCCUGUAGUAACUUCGUAUUAGCUCUUGUUGGACAAUUUCAAUAAUGUGGCAAUUGUAAAAUAGAGAAAAAAUAUCAUAAACUUAACACAGAAGGUCAAAUAGCUUAUCAACCAAAAUCAUAACUAACAAAAUCUGUUUAAUAGACUCAGUAAUAAAACAAAGUCACUGCAGUUGCAGGUAUUAUUCAUUUUAUAUUGUUUUGUAGAAGUUGUCUAAGAAACUAUGAUGGUACAAUCUGUAAAAGAUAGAAUUGCCUAAAUGAAUAAAAAAAAUCAAUCUAAUAAUGAACCUUAAUUCAGACCUAGUUUGAAAAAGGAAGAAGUUAAAGAAAAGGUUCCUGGAUAAGCUGAAAUAGUCACAGAAUAAGUCUUUACAUCUGUAUCUGAUAAAAAAAGUGUUUUUGAUAAAUAAAGAGUCAGAAAAACUAUAGAAUAAUCCACUUAACAAAUUCGAGAAUAAUAAAACACAGAAGGAUUUAGAAAGGCAGAAUCAUAAUAUAUUACAUCAUAAGAAAAUACUCAAGAAUAAUAAGAAUAAUUUAUUUAAAAUCAAACUUAAGUGCAAGAGAAUAAUUAAGAAGAUUCUGAAUAAAACCAAUAGAAUUAUUAAUAAGAAUAAUAAUUUGAAAAUAAUUAAGAUUAAUAAUAAUAAUAUUAAGAGGAAUAUUAAUAAUAAUAAGAGUAUUAAUAAUAAGAAUAUUAAUAAUAAUAAUAAGAGUAAGAAUAUUAAUAAUAAGAAUAAGAAUAAUAAUAAUAAUAAUAAGAAGUUAUAUUAUAGUAAUAAGAAUAAGAAGAAUCAAAUAAUUAAAAUGAAUAGGUUGAAUAAUCCUUAUAAUAAAAUGAAUAACAAGAUGAAGGACAAUAAGAUAAUUAACAAUAAGAAGAUGCUAAUGAUCAUGACGAGGCUGCAUAAAUUUAUUGA